AUGGGUGCUACAGCUGCCUUGGCUUUCAUCAGCGCUCGGUCCGAGUCGGAGCUGGAAGAGGAGCUCGAAGCCGACACGCAGGAGAUGCUGCGGGAGUAUGCCUUGCAAGAGAAUCAGAGGACGGGAGUAUGCCACAGACGGUGGUCCAAAUAUUUGCCUUUGGACAAGAUGUUCGCAUCAUCGCUCUUGGACAAGAUGUUGGUGGGGGGUGGGCCGUAUUGA